CUUCUAGCCAUUUACGGCGUUCUGGCGCAAGUGCCCGAAUAUGCUGAAUUAUGACACAUGCAGAAGCAAUUGAAGAGCAGAGCCGAGAUAGUAACACGUUACGUUUGCCCUAGGGAUUUAUACAGGGCAUCAAUUUCUCUUAUAGGGGAGACUUGCCUCAUGGGCAGCACUCACCCCCCCCAACAUUGGUUGAUACUAUCAUUAUGCUCAACUUUCUUGCAUGCAUUCUAGCGCUGACGCUGGGAUCUGCGAACGCUAAACAACGACAUUAUACUCUCAACAUCUUGGACGCCAACGUGAAUCCGGAUGGGUAUACAAGGCCUGCAGUCACUGUUGAUGGGACCUUCGGCCGUCUGCUCACCGCGGAACGCCACGACGACUUUCAAGUCGAGGUCAACAAUCAGUUGAGCGAUCCUAGGAUGCUCAAAGGAACUUCUAUUCACUGGCAUGGCAUCUUCCAACACCGUACUGCCGCAAUGGAUGGCCCCGCGUUUGUCACUCAGUGCCCAAUCGCUUCGGGGUACAGUUUCAAGUACAAGUUUCCCACUGGAGGGCAAACUGGGACGUACUGGUACCACUCACACUACGCGACUCAAUACUGCGAUGGCUUGCGAGGUCCCAUUGUUGUCUAUGAUCCUCAGGACCCUUAUCAGCGAAUGUACGACGUAGACGACGCGAGUACUGUUAUAACAUUCGCAGAUUGGUAUCAUACGUUUGCUCCAGUACUCUCGGGAGGACCACCUCCAAGACCUGACUCGCACCUGAUCAAUGGUCUCGGUCGCAUUUCGGGUAACACGACACAACCUCUAUCGGUCAUUUCAGUACAGAAGGGAAAAAGAUACCGCAUGCGACUCGUCAAUAUCGCAUGCAGUCCCAACUAUCUUAUAACCUUCGAAGGACAUACGAUGACUGUAAUCGAAGCGGAUGGCAUCACGACCAAGCCUCAGGUUGUGAAUUCAUUGCAAAUUUUCGUGGGUCAGCGUUAUUCUGUCAUUGUCGCCGCAGAUCAACCCAUCGGCAAUUACUGGAUUCGAGCUAGCCCUUCGAAUGGUCCGCAAGGCUUCGUCGGUGGAAUCAAUUCCGCCAUUCUUCGUUACCAAGGUGCCCCUGUGCUGGAACCUAAUGGUACUGCACAAACUUUAGGAACAACACUUCUCGAACAAAAUUUGAUACCUUACUCAGACCCCACACCCCCUGGUGGUCAUAAUCCUCCUGACGUACCCCCCUUCGUUUUCAACAUAGUAUUCAGUAACGGUUCGUUCCUCAUAAAUGGUGCCUCCUACGAAUCCCCUUCUGUUCCAAUUCUUCUACAAAUUCUAAAUGGAGCGGAUCCCAAGGAUCUACUCCCCAAGGGAUCUGUAUAUGUCCUACCGAGGAAUAGCGUGAUCGAGAUUUCUGUUCCUGGUGGAUCGCCUGGGGCUCCGCACCCCUUCCAUCUGCACGGACAUAAGUUUAGCGUUGUCCGCAGCGCAGGGCAGACCUUGUAUAAUUACGACAAUCCAGUCCAGCGAGAUGUCGUUUCGACAGGCAAAUCAACAUCGGAUUUCACCACGAUUAGAUUCAGAACGGAUAAUCCUGGUCCUUGGAUCUUCCAUUGUCAUAUUGACUGGCAUCUUGGAAAGGGUCUGGCCGUCGUCUUCGCAGAGGAUCCUGCGGGACAAGUGAAAGGACCUCAAUCUCAGAAACACAACAAGGCUUGGGAUCAAUUAUGUCCUAUUUGGGAUUCGAUUCCCGAUUCCGAUCAUUGAGGAGCGACACUGUGGUAAUAAUUGUCUGAAGCACUUGCAUGUCUGGUGCAGUCCGAGAUAAACUAUCUAUUUUCGGUUGCGACUCACUGGCAUCUUUCUCGCACCUUCGGACCUUAUGCGUAGAUCUUGGGGACUUUUUCAAUUAUUUAUCUGCUACCAAUAAUGCGUCAGCUUCAUAUUUUGCACCAGAGACUAAAAUAUAAUAAUAGUUACAUAACGCCAAUUUCGUAGCUCUGCACUUGACCAGCUGGUUUGAAGCAUGCUAGCAGCAAGUUUAUUACGGAAUUGUGACACGCUGGCAAUAGCUGUAUUAUACUAUAAUAUAUCACGG